GCUGUGUCAGGCUGCUUUGGACUAAAAGAUUCAGAUAUGUCCUUCAUAUUUGACUGGAUUUACAGUGGCUUCAGUAGUGUAUUACAGUUCUUAGGACUGUACAAGAAAUCAGGCAAACUAGUUUUUCUUGGACUGGACAAUGCUGGAAAAACGACACUGCUGCACAUGCUCAAAGAUGACAGGCUGGGACAGCAUGUCCCCACACUACAUCCCACUUCAGAAGAGCUGACAAUUGCUGGUAUGACUUUCACUACUUUUGAUCUGGGUGGACACGCUCAAGCUCGCAGAGUAUGGAAAAACUAUCUGCCUGCUAUUAAUGGCAUUGUGUUCUUGGUGGACUGUGCAGAUCAUGACAGACUGCUUGAAUCAAAAGAAGAGCUCGAUUCACUAAUGACAGAUGAAACUAUUGCUAAUGUGCCUAUCCUAAUCCUUGGUAAUAAGAUUGACAGACCUGAAGCCAUCAGUGAAGAGAGGUUACGAGAGAUGUUUGGUCUGUAUGGCCAGACAACAGGAAAGGGCAGUAUACCACUGAAAGAACUGAAUGCAAGGCCACUAGAAGUGUUCAUGUGCAGCGUGCUAAAGAGACAAGGCUAUGGAGAAGGAUUCCGCUGGAUGGCACAGUACAUUGAUUAACGCCAAGAUCACAGCAGUACAUCCUGUCCCAUGUCUGAAUAUUAAGUCUACUCCUUAUUUGAUCACUCAGUGUACACAACUUGGAUUCAUUUGACUGUUUAGUUAUAAAAGCAUACAUUUUUACGUAAUUGUAUCUCCUAUGCUAAAUUGUAAGUGUGAGGAUUGAGAAAUUCUUUCAAGCAAGUUUGUAAGUUGAAGUACCACAACAUGUUAGCUUUCUAAUCCCAUACAGCAUUCUUUUGCAACUUUUAAUUUAACAGGUCUCCAGCACCAUUUUUGGACAGAGCAACUUUCCAGUACAGUAUGUUUGAAUGCACUUUUUAACAGCUAAAAACUGCAAACGUGAACAAUAUUUAAUGCUUAUCAUGUUAAAUUUUUUUAUGUACUUUUUGAAACUGGUUUUAUAACUUUAGAGUAUAUAACCAUCUUUCAAGGAAUAAUAAAUAAUUAGCUGAUGGAUAAUUGCAUGAUGCCUUACAGUUUUCAAUAAUAUACUUUCUUAUGCAACGUCAUGCAAUAAAUUUAAAUCCAGUUUUUGGCAACUUUAAUGGAAAAUGUUUCAUUUUAAUGUGUCUUAACUAGUGAGGCUGUCUGACGAUCUGAAUAUGGGGGAUGUUUUCCUGAAGCACAGGAGGCCACAAAGUACUUUCAUUGUAUAUUAAAGAGUAAGGUGUUUCCUUCAGACUACCAAAUUGCAUUUCCUUUAGGAUUUUACAUUAAUAGAACUCUAAUCUGUUGCCCUUAUAACUACCACCUUUAUAAAGUACAAAUCAUGGAAAUCAGUUGUGCCAAUGUAGAUCUAAUGUAAAUGUAAAUGUAAUGUAAAAAGUGGUCGUACUCUACUGGUACCUUGACUUAUACCCCUGAAAUGGCACAAAAAUUACGAUUAACAUUAGUACUACACUAAAUUAUUCUGUUCUUGGUUUAAGUAGAUUUGGAUUCUGCCAGAAGAUUUGUCUGUGACAUUGCCAGAAAAAAAAAAAAAUUGCUGCUGUUGCUUGUGAAAAUUUAUCAGCCCAUACCUAAUUUGACAGUUUUAUUUUUGGUGUUCUGAGUUGGAACAAGGUGGAUUGUUUUCUGCAAAUUUGCCCUGAAGCUUAGUCAGAAUGGCAGUUGCUGCGUGCCCAAGUGGCUUGUUUGGUAAAAUUUCAUUAUCUUCAGUGCGUGUUUCCAGACUUUUGACUGGUUUUUCCCAUCUCCCAGUGCAUUAGCUCCCUGAGCAGGUUAUUUUCUAAGAAGAAGAGGUGACGCACAUAAAUACAUGGACAUCCUGUUGACACUAGCUGACAUUGCCAUGGAACUGUUUCUGUGUGCAGCAGGAUGCUUUCUUCUGUGAUGUAGCUAAUGAAGGUAGGGCUUCAGCCCUGGGAUCAUUGUUUCACUGCGGUGGGUUUGGGUUUCACUGUGUAGUGUGUUUCACCUUUGUGCUUUCACUUUUCACAAGGGUGAAAAGUAUGAGCUGCUACAGAUGUUCUUACAGAACCCCAGGACUGGGACUACUUUUUACUCACUGUUGUAGAUCAUCUCUAAAAUGCUCUAGGCCCUGUUUCUUCAAAAUCCAUAGCAGCAAACAAAUUUCUGUCUCUCUUGGUUUCAUAUAUAAUUUUCUCUCUUAAACUACCAAGUUUGACUCUCAGAUUUAAAGCCUGCAGACUUUAAAUGUGAGCCUGUAGUCUCUAAAUAGGCACAUGGUGAAUAAAUAAGGUCUACUCCCCGCCCAGAUCAGAGCUUGUGUGAUUAAAUAACGAUGAUGGUUUCCCCUCAGUCCAAGGUUGUGCAUCUGAAUCAGAUGAAUAAUCCAUAACCUAACUAAUAUAGAUGAUAGCUGGCACUAGUUACAGCACAAUCUUGCAAAAUUUUAAGCAUGCUUUAUGCAUGGUGAAGGACAGAAGUGAGGCUGUCAGGUAGAUUGACCAGCAUGAGUUCAUUCUGCAUUUAAACCAGUACUUUGCUGCAGAGCAGUGCCUCCGUGUUGCACAAGUCAGAGUGUGGAUAAGAAAUGUCAUCUUACAGGUGUGUAGACAACACGUGAGUCUUUGCUCCUUCCAGCAAUUAUGUUUGGGGAACACGAAUCUUGCCCCACCCCACAAGUUUUUCUCAUAAUGGUUAUAAUGCAACAGUGUAAAUAUUCAAAACUACUUCUUGCAGUCACGUAGCUGUGUUGAAGGGGGAGACUUGGGACCGUGCUGCCUGUGUUGAUGGAAAUGAAGCUGGAAGUGGAGUUGUGCUGCUCUUGUGCUCCUCUCUGGAGUGCCUGCAGACCCCUUCCAUAGGCUGAGCCAUUCCACGGGGUGUUGGAAGAGAGAGGGGUCCUCUUCAGCUGCCACUCAACCUACUGUGAAUAACAUGAGCUGUAAGGAGAGGGAUGAUAGUCUUAAGAGCUAAAAAAGAGCAGAGGUGAUGCUGCUUUAGAAGUGUGUGUGAAGGGUAAUUCUUAGCAUUACGGAAAUACUCAGAUUUCAUGUUUCAUACUGUGAGAUGCUAGUUUAAAUGUGGUUGUAAUAAGGGCAUGAAGAAAUUUGGACCUUUUGUUUUCUGUCUGGGUAUUGUAAUGGUUCCCACUGUGGGAACAGCUGAACAACAGUCACCAAUAAUCUCACUGUUCUUUCUGGAGAGGAAAUAUUUCCUCUGUAGUUUACAUUCUGUUGUGCACAUGAAUGUGAAUGGGUGUUGUGUAUCUUUGUGUGAAGACUUUAUUAAUAGAAAAAUACACUCGUGAGAGUUUUUCUGGUGGUUUUCAUCCCCACCACCCCUACGUCUCCUGUACCUUUAUUUCUGGAGGUUGCCUAUUCCUAUGACUGUGACCAGUCCUACUUACUUACAAAAGAAGCAACGUUCACAUCUGGGUCUGACUUUUGCGAAUUACGUUUGCACUCUUGACUAUGCAGAUUUCAAUUAAGCAUCACUUUAAAGAAUGUGAAAAAGAAAACUCAUUAAUAAAUAUGUUAUUUGUGGA